AUGGACGACGAACCAUCAUCGCAAUCCUUGGCUUCCUUUCUAGUUCCAGUGCUCACUAUUGGCCUUGUAGUGCUUGUACAAGUGAACUUUUGGUUUGCGUCAUCUCCAGUUGAAACGGAAGACAAAAUUGAGAUCGAUGAACCACAGCCACCAACGUUAUCAUCAAAACAAGCAGAGGAAAAGAAGACACCAGUGGUUGGAGAGUUUGAAAAUGAUGACAAGCAACAUUAUGAUCACAUGGGUGAACAAAGCGUACAAGAGAAUGCCACAAAAACUAAUGUGAACGAUGAUUCCCGAACUCCAACUGAAGACAAGGUCAACGAUACUGUCACCACGACCGAAGACAACAAGGAAGACAUAUUCGAACGAUCUAACCAGUGGAGAUGCGUCUGCGAGGAAGGAAGUUUCUUGCCUCCUGCGCUACUCAAAACUUUUGGUCCUGCUGAAGCGAUGGUGCGUCUGGGCACGGGUCAGUGCUAUCACAAACAAAUGUGA